AUGGAUAGUCAGCGAGCGGUCCUCGUGGACAGUGCUGGGUGUGUGUGUGUGUUCCCCGACACGGAUGUGCUCGAACGGACAGGAAUCCUCGACAACUACACCAUGAUGAGGCAAAUGCAGCUGCGCUGGAGCGGCCACCUGGUGCGCAUGGACGACGAGCGACUACCCAAACGACUCUUCUACGGAGACGUCGGGACGGGUUCUCGCCGCCAAGGAGGCCAAAUUCGCCGUUACAAGGACACUCUGAAAUCCCCCCUGAAGCGCCUGCAAAUCAACCUGACCAACUGGGAAGAGCUCGCACUCGACCGACCGACCUGGAGGAGGACAGUGAAGACAGGCGCUGCGAUCUACGAAACCAACCGAACCGCCGCCGCCAAAGCGAAAGGCGAAGCACGCAAAUCACAACUUCGCCCAGUCAGCAACGCCGACGCACAACCGCUACCUACGUGUCCUCGGUGUCAACGGACAUUCCGGGCUCGAAUCGGACUUGUUGGACACCUUCGGAUCAACUGCGCCUCUCGGAAUGCACCACCCAUCGUCCCCCCGCCCGCCUUUUCCUCGUCCCCUCUGCCGACAACUACCUCUGGAAAUUCUUCUGAACCACCACUUCCAUCCUUCUCCUCCUACUCCUCCACCUCCUCCUCCCCCUCCCCCUCCUCCUCCUCCUCUUCCUCCACUGCCCCAACGGCGGCCGCUCAGGCGGCCGUCUCGCAUAUCACCAACGCCAACACAACAACAGACACCACCCCCACCUCUCCCGACUCCAGCGAUGAGGAUCAGAACUACACCUGCCCUCACUACGACCGCACCUGCACCUCUCACAGCGGCCUGGUCGGUCAUUUGCGAAUCCAUCGCACAGAGACUGGCGAACCAGUGCCUGGAGCACCAACCCGUACCACCACGCUCGACUCAACUGGCCACACUGCCCUCGUACCUUCGGGCAUCGCAUGGGCCUAUUUGGCCACAUGCGAAUCCACGAGAGCGGAAUUGACCGCAACUCCGACACACCCACGACGCCCAGCUCAUCCAGCACGCCCAGUCCCACCAUCGCCCUGCGCGCGCAUCACCACCACCAUCACCGCCUCCUCCGUAGCUGACACUGACGCCGCCGACUUCACCUGCCCACACUGUUCACGCACUUUCACCUCACGCAUCGGCCUGGUCGGUCACUUGUGA